AUACUGACUUACUGUUUUCCUCCUUUUUUUUUGAAUUCUUAUCCAAGUAUCUGGUGGUGGUUCUCAAACUUUCUCUGUCGGGCCCCAACAAAAAUGUAACAAAAUGGUCCAUGCAGAAUUUUUAUUCAUGUGACUUUGUGACUUUAACUGUUGAAGAGGAAGUGGACAUAACCAAACAAGGCUGUAAUGUUUUACACUGCGGUUCGAUCCGUGUUCUCUAUAGUUUGCAUGUCUCAGUGUCCUUGAGCAAGACACUGAAUCCCCAGUGUCAAAAGAUCUGCAGGUGCCUCAAUGAGUACAAGAGCACGACGCAACUGAAGGCAACUGAGUAUUUGGCUCAAUGCCGCGCAGAAGAAUCUGUUGGGCAAAGUUCAACAGUUUACAAUUACAGAGCUUUAUGAGAACAAACUUACGUGACAAUAAUGUUUGCAGACAGGAGACAGAAACAAGUGGUGCGUCGAUGCUACUCAGAGGUUUCCUUCUCCAGCGCCCACAUGUCCACUGGAGAGACAUCAGGGAGGGUUUGUGCACGUACACAGAUCUCAUUGUGCGAGGACCGUCACGUUCUUUACUCGGACGUCUUAUCUCAGCAGACGCGUCGUACACCGAUCCUAUUGUUCAAGCGGUGCAGAAAUAAUCCCCAAACCCUUUUUUUCUAAAUAACAUCGUUAGAACCAGAUGUUUUUGAAUUGUUUCGAUGCAGCAUUUUCAGAUUUAGAAAACACGCUUACGUGAACCACGACAACAGACCUGCAAAAGGCUGCUCCUCCAAGCCCGAACCUGGACAUCAGACUUUAUUGUUUGAUUUGUAUCCAGGUAGUCAUGUCAGAUGUCUUUGUGGUUUUCUGUUUCUCUUUGUUGUCGUUUGUUAUUUCUCUUUGGGCAUCGUCUCUUUCUGCAGGUUGGUAGUGUUUCUUUGAGUUGACAUUUUAUGGGUGAAGGCCGGUGGGGGCCUCAGACUUUCAGGAAUCAUCCCAUCAACGUGCAGUGCCUGCAGUUGUCACGUUCAUCAGAAGAGGGUGCCACCUCAAUAACAAAUGGACUUUUGCUCAGAUGUAACUCUCAUAAACUAUUUACAUUUGAUUCAUUCAAAGCGUGUUUACUAAAGCCACGGCGGGCUGAAACACAGAUUAAAGCAAUUUAACGUUCUCCGCAUCUUGUCUUGCUCUUCCUUCCUGCAACACCUUGUGAUUUUUUUCCACAGGUCAAACCCUCUCGGCCUCGUUAAACCUGAAAAAGAUCAGAUCGGAUGGAGCCGAUCCGCGUGGGACGUCCCGCCGCGCCAGGAGGUGUGUUCAAUGCGCGCAGUUGGUGCUCUGUAGGCCACUUCGGUGCCACGACGCGUGAGGACGGAACCCUUUGCGCUCCUGGAUGCGCGGAUAUCUAGCCUCCAAAAAACCACACAAGACGCUGCUGAGAUAUCGUGAGAAGCUAUUGGAUAUUAUACGAGAUAUUGGAGAAUGACUGCUGGCUGUUUCCCUGCGCAAAAGAAAUGCACGGUGCGUUUUAUUGUCUCCGUUUGGAGGAGCGCCGUGAAAUGAGACCGAGGAGCCAAAGGAAAUAAUGUAAACGAACUUAGCGACCGGGAACCAAGAGGUCAACGCCAUGUGGAGAGCCGCGACGGGUCGCGGAGGUGCCGCGGCGUGGCUCCUCCGCGCCCUCGCGCUGCCGCUGCUUUGCGCGCACUCGUCCGGACAGGUGUUCAACCUGACGCUGUCCGUCAAGGAGGGUUUGCCCGCCGAAACCAUCGUUGGUGAUCUGUCAGCGGGGCUGAGCGGGCCAAGCACCGGCUUCUUCAUCUCGGAGAGCAGAGACUCGUACGUGUUCAGAGACUUGGAGAUAGACGCGGACACGGGGAUCAUCUCCACGGCGGUGGUCCUGGACAGAGAGAGCAGAGACAAAUACGAGUUCGUGGCGGCCACUCUCGCGGGGGAGGUGAUACGCGUGAAACUGGAGGUGGAAGAUGUCAACGAUCACUCUCCACAGUUCCCCUCGGAGGCGGUGGACUUGGAAAUCUCCGAGCAGAGCCCCCCGGGGAGUCGGUUUCACCUCGAGGGUGCCAGAGAUGAAGACGAGGCCGAGUUUGGCACGCAGGGAUACAGGAUCACGGAGCGCGGCGUGGGGGAGUUGUUCCGCCUGGAGUAUCGGAGCGGAUCCGAGGACCACCCGAGCCUGGAUCUCGUCCUGACAAGCAGACUGGACAGGGAGACGCUGGACUUCUACUCUCUCGCCAUCGAGGCCUUCGACGGGGGCGUCCCCGCCAGGACGGGGACCCUCCAGGUGAACGUGCGCGUCCUGGACGAGAACGACAACCCCCCCGCGUUCGACCGCAGCGAAUAUCACGCCUCGCUGCCGGAGGGUGCCGCGGUGGCGUCGGCCGUGUGCCAGGUCACCGCCACCGACCUGGACCUGGGCGAGAACGGCCGAAUCACCUACGAGAUCAACCGGCGGCAGAGCGACCCGGACGAGGUGUUCUCCAUCAACGAAACCAGCGGGCUGGUGUACCUCAACAAGCCGCUCGACUACGAGACGCAGGCCUUCCACGAGCUGGUCGUCGGCGCCCGAGACAACGGGGCUCAGCCCGAGAGCAGCAGCGCCUUCGUGGGCGUCAAGGUGCUCAACGUCAACGACAACAGCCCCGCCGUCAGCGUGCUGUUUCUCAGCGAGACCGGGGAGGCGGUGGUGUCCGAGGCCGCGGCCGUCGGGGACUACGUCGCCCGGAUUUCGGUGUCGGACCCGGACUUUAAGGAGGAGAGGGUCACCGUCACGCUGGAGGAGGACGGCGACGACGGGAAGUUCAUCCUGACGCAGACGGAUGAUUACCUUUACGCGCUGUGCGUAAACGCGCAGCUGGACCGGGAGGAGCGGGACCUGUUCGAGCUGAAGGUGCGGGCGUCGGACUCCGGGAGCCCGCCUCUGAGCAGCGAGACGGUGCUCCUGCUGCGGGUGACGGACGCCAACGACUGCCGCCCGGCGUUCGAGAGGGACGCGUACGUCGUCCGCGUCCCCGAGGACGCGCCACGGGGGAGCGCCCUCAUCCAGGUGCGCGCUCGAGACGCCGACGAGGAGGGGGUCAACUCGGAGGUCAGGUACUCCAUCCCGGGGUUCGACCGCGACGGCCCGGUCAGCGUCGAUCCGGAGUCGGGCUGGGUCACCACGGCGGCGGCCCUGGACAGAGAGGCGCGGGCGGAGGUUCGGUUCCUGGUGGUGGCGGCUGACGGAGGAGAACCGGCCCUGUCGUCCACGGCGACGGUGACCGUGCUGGUGGAGGACGUCAACGACAACGAGCCCGUGUUCCAGCGGCAGCUGUACAACGUGUCCAUACCCGAGCACGGCGACGUCGGGAGCUGCUUCUUGCAAGUCGUGGCCACGGACGCAGACGGCCCAGAGUUCAGCGAGCUGCUCUACUCUCUGUCGGACGGCUUCGACGCGGAGGACAAACACCCGCUCUUCAGCGUCCACCCGCGCACCGGACAGCUGUGCGUCUCGCGGGACAUCGACCGAGACUCGGGCCAGACGGUCCACGACGUCCUGAUCCGAGCCGAAGACCCGGGAGGCCUGAGCGCGCAGACCCACGUGCGCGUCGAGGUGGAGGACCUGAACGACAACGCGCCGGUGUUUAACCCCGGCGAGUACGCGGCGAGCAUCAGCGGGCACGCGCAGCCCGGCACCGAGAUCCUCAACGUCGUCGCCUCCGACAGAGAUUCGGGCCGGUUCGGACGGGUGACCUACCACGUCCUGCCCGGGGACGUGUCCGGGUUGUUCUCACUGGAUGCAACAACAGGAACGCUCCUGCUGACCUCCACUCUCACCCACCUGGGUGCAGCCAGCGUGAAGCUCUCAGUAACCGCUCGGGACGGGGAGGGCGUGAACGCCGCCCGGCCCGCGGAGGUCACCAUCAAUGUUUUGCGCAGCGCCCAGGCUCCAGCUGUGUUCAAGAGGUCCCGUUACACCUUUACGGUGCCUGAAGACGCACCGCCGGGGACACCCGUGGGGACAGUGGAGGCCGUAAACCCAGCAGACUCUGAAUCGGCGACCUACCGGAUCUCCUCCGGCGACCCGCGGGGUUUGUUCUCCGUGCACCCGAAGUCCGGCCUGAUCAGCACCGUCGACCUCCUGGACCGCGAGUCGCAGCCCUACGCCCUGCUGAUCCUUCAGUCCCACAGCGACGCCUCGCCCGUUUGCGGCACCACGCAGGUCAACGUCACGGUGGCCGACGUCAACGACAACGCCCCCGCCUUCCCGAAACCCGGCGACGCCGUCGCGGUGUCCCAGAACACCCGCCCGGGCACCGUCUUGUUCAUCGCCCGCGCGCGCGACCGCGACAGCGGGGCCAACGGGGAGGUGCGGUAUCACCUGAAGAGCACCGCAAACGGCACGUUCGUGGUCGACCGCCGCCUCGGGACGGUCACGUUGAAUCAGAGUUUGCAGGGGGGUCAUCAGCAGAGGUACAACCUGGAAAUCGUAGCUGAAGAUGGAGGGGAACCUCCCCUGAGCUCCACGCUGACCCUCGCGGUCAGCGUGGAGCUCGCCGCCGCCGCCGAGGACGGCCUGGCCUUCGAGACGUUGGUCUACCAGGUGGAGAUAGGCGAGGGCUACAGGAAGGACGCCAGGGUCAUCCAGGUGAGGGCGCACCGCGGGCGGGGGGCUCACGGGUCCAACUCGGGCAUCACCUACACCCUGGAGGCCGAGGCCGGAUUCCCCCCGGCUCCGUUUCGCGUCCACCCGAACACCGGGUGGCUGUUCCUCUCCCGCGGCCUGGACUUUGAGACGGAGCCCGAGUUCCGUUUUCGAGUGGAGGCCUCGCUGGCGAACGCCACGGCCUCGGCCGCGGUGCUGGUGCUGGUGCUGGACGUCAACGACAACCCGCCGGCGUUCGGCAGCGAGGUCUACCACUUCACCGUGCCCGAGGGGUCGUCGCCUCGGGGCCUGGUGGGAACGGUCAAGGCCGUGGACGAGGACUCUGGGAAAAACGCCCAGCUGUCCUACAUCCUGCUGACGGAUGGGAAGUUCUUCCGCAUCAACUCCAAAACAGGUGAGAUUAUCAACUGGGUGGCUUUGGACCGGGAGCAGCACAGCCAGCACAGCCUGAAGGUGAUGGUCACAGACAACGGGCGCCCUCGCCUCAACGCCACCGCCGCCGUCCACAUCCUGGUCACCGACCUCAAUGACAACACGCCACAGUUUACACACCUGCCUGCCAGCAAGGAGCUCAGCGUCCAGAUAUGGGCUGGUCUACCAGCGGGCUCCUUGGUGACAAACAUGUUUGCCAAAGAUUUGGAUGCAGGAGAAAACGGAACGGUCACCUUCUCUUUGGUCGCAGCCGACUCGCAGGUCGAGGGUUUCGGACCCUUUGAGAUCGACGGUGAAAGCGGAGACAUCCGAACGACGGAGCCGUUCGCCCAUCAGAACUCCGGGUCGUUCUACGCCGUGAAAGUGACGGCCCGGGACGGCGGGGUCCCUCCUCUGGAGGACACUGCGCUCAUUCAUGUCCAGGUGGAUGGACUGGACUCUGAACGCCAGAUGAUGAGGCGUUUUACGGUGAGGGAGGACGCGGAGCCGGCGACCGUCAUCGGCUCCGCCGCCGUCUCCUCCGAAGGGAGAUUCCGCUACUCCAUCUCCGAGGGCGACGGCAGCGUCCACUUCGGCAUCGACGGCUCCUCGGGGGACAUUUACGUCAACCAGCCGCUGGACUACGAGUCGGCCGCGCAGUACCGCCUCACGGUGCGCGCCGAGGACGAGGGGCCCUCCGCCGGGGCCAACGCGUCUCUGCUGGUCGCCGUGGCGGUGGAGGACGUCAACGACCACACGCCCUGGUUUCCCGACAAACUGGUGACCUUCGGCCUGAGGGAGGACGCCGCGGUCGGGUCGCUGGCGUUCGCUUUCCGCGCCAGGGACGGCGACGGGACUUUUCCCAACAGCGCCCUGCGCUACUCGCUGGCCUUGGAUUCCCAGCUGGGCCGCUCUCCCUCGCGCUUCCCGUUUCACGUCGACCCCGGCACGGGGAGACUGACCGUGACGGCGCCGUUAGACCGGGAGACCAACCCCGGCUUCGCCUUCACCGUCACGGCCACCGACCGGGCCGAGAGGACGGAGGAGCGGCGGCGCUCGUCGGUGACGGCUCAGGUGUUCCUGCUGGACGUGAACGACAACAGGCCGGUGUUUGUGUCCGUGGACACCGUCCAGGUGAUGGAGGACGCAGAGGUGGGGAGCCUGCUGCACCGUUUCGUGUCCAUAGACGGUGACCUCGGAGAAAACGGGGUCGUCUCCUACGUCGUCACGGCCGGAAACAAGAGAGGAUUCUUCACGCUGGAGGAGAAAAGCGGCCUCUUGUUUCUGUCGUCGCCUCUCGACUACGAGACGGAGCGGUUCCACCGCCUCACCGUCCGCGCGGUGGACCACGGCCUGCCGCCGCUCUCCUCCACCCAGACCCUGACGGUGGAGGUGGAGGACGUGAACGACCGGAGACCCGUCUUCAGCGAGAGCAUCUACAACGCCAGUGUGGCGGAGAACAGAGACCCCGGGGAACCGGUGAUCCGGGUCUCUGCCACCGACGACGAUUCGGAGGAGAACGCCGUGGUGUGGUACAGCCUGUUGCCCGGCGCCGGAUACGAGCUCUUCAGCAUCGACCCUCACAGCGGCCUCAUCACCACCACCUCCCAGCUGGACCGCGAGCAGCAGCAUCACUUCACGCUCCGAGUGCAGGCCCGUGACAGCAGCACGCGGCCUCUGUCCGGCACGGCCACGGUGCUCUGCGCCGUGCUGGAUGACAACGACAACCCGCCGGAGUUCAUGCAGCCCUCCUUCCAGAUCAGCCUGCCGGAGAACCUCCCCCCCGGGGGGGUGCACACGGCGCAGGCCUCCGACCCGGACAGCGGCGAGAACGGAACUAUACACUACUCCAUUUUGGGUGAUGACCACAGAGGUCGCUUCACCAUCAACAGCCGCACGGGUGCCGUCAGCACCACUCGAGUCCUCGACCGCGAGGAAAUGCAGAAUUACACACUCGCCAUACAGGCCUGUGACUACGGCGCCACCCAGCUCUGCUCCUCCACCCGACUCCAGCUGCUGCUGCUGGACCAGAACGACAACGUCCCCUCCUUCACCCGUAAGAGCUACCACGCCUCCGUCAGCGAGGGCCUCCCCGCGGGAGCCGAGGUCCUGCGCGUCCACGCCUUUGACCCCGACGAGGGGCCCAACGGCGACCUGACCUACUCUCUGACGGAGGACAGCAGCCAGGGGGCCUUCUCGGUGGACGCUUUCACGGGGGUGAUCCGCACCACCAGGUCCCUGGACAGGGAGGCCCGUGCACAGUACACCCUCAGGGCCGUGGCCGUCGACGGCUGCUCCCAAGGGCCGCUGAGCUCCGUGGCGUCGCUCACCGUCCAGGUGGAGGACGUGAACGACAACGCGCCGGUGUGCGAGCAGAAUCCCGUGAACGCCUGGGUUUCCGCCGGGACUCCGCCCAACCAGAUCGUCGCCACGGUGGCGGCGACGGACGGCGACCAGGGCGACAACGGGACGGUGCAGUUCGCGCUGUCCGAUGAGGAGAACCUGUUUGAGAUCAACGGCGAGUCGGGAGAGAUUUCACUGAGGAGGCGAGUGAGGGCAGGUUUCUCCGGUCGGAACCUGCAGGUUGUGGUUUCAGACAAAGGGCGACCCGCUUUGAGCGCCACCUGCCUGGUGGUCAUCCAUCUGAAGGGAGAACACGAAGGACUGCAGUUCACCGACAAAGUGUACAACGCCACCAUCAAGGAGAACAGCCGAGCCGGCGCUUGGAUCGCGAUAGUGGAGGCCAGCGACCAAACAAACAUCAGGCAAAGGAUCACCUACACCAUCUUUAGUGGCAAUGAGAACCAUGUUUUCUCCAUCAAUCGUCACACGGGUGAGAUCCGUGUGCAGAAAGAUAACUCUCUGGACUACGAGGCGAGUCCGCAGAUCCAGCUGGUGGUGCUGGCUGACAACGGGCUGCAGACGGCUCACUGCAGGGUCUCCGUCGCCUUGCUGGACGUAAACGACAACGCGCCCGUGUUUGAACACAGCGGCUACAGAACGGCCGUGUGGGAGGGGCAAGUGCACAACACCUACAUCAUGCAGGUUUUUGCUUCUGACGCUGACAGCGGGCUGAACGGGCAGAUCGAGUACUCCAUCGUGUCCGGUAACCCCAACCAGGCGUUCGUCCUGGACUCUGUUCGCGGGAUUCUUGCUACCAGAGUCUUGCUGGACCGAGAGAUCACGCCCUCAUACAAGCUGGUUCUGCAGGCAGCAGACAGGGGGAACCCUCCUCUCAGCAGCACCACCACCCUCAGGGUCCAAGUGGUGGAUGUCAACGACAACAGCCCCGCCGUCCCCCCCAUGGAGCCUGUUGUCGUAGCAGAGAAUCUGCCGGCGGGUUACAAGGUCACCCAGGUGACUGCGAAUGACGUGGACCUGAGCUCAACCAUCACCUACAGCUUCUCAGACAACAGCAGCACCGACUUUCCCUUCGCCAUUGACCCGUACACCGGCGUGGUCACUCUGACCCGAGCCCUGGACUAUGAGGCGCGGACAGAGUACACGUUGACGGUGUGGGCGUCGGAUUCCCUCCACCAGACCACCGGAGAGGUCAAAGUUGAAGUGCUUGACGUCAAUGACAACGCUCCGGUCUUUACCGAGGUCUCCUACCAGGUGGAAUUGUCGGAGUUGGUCUCAGAGGACACGUUGGUUUUGUCAGUGUCGGCUACCGACAGCGACUCUGGACUCAACGGGAAGAUCAACUACAGGCUGCUUUCAUCUCCUUUACAAGGCUUUUACAUCGUGCCAGACAAUGGGUCUGUUUUUACCAAUAAGCCCUUGAAGGCCAUCACCAACGGGAACCUGAUCCAUCUUCUGGUCGAGGCCAGAGAUGAGGGCGAACCGAUGCAGUCCACUGUCGCCUCUGUAGACGUGCUGAUUGUGGACACCAACGACCACACGCCAUUGUUCCACCAGGACAUCUACACGCUCACCGUGCCAGAGGACACGCCCACGGACACCACCCUGCUGACGCUGUCUGCAGAGGACCGAGACUGGAGCCCCGAAAACACCCACUUGGACUACGGCAUUAUCGGAGGAAAUGAGGAAAGGCGUUUUUGUCUGGAAGUAAAAAUGGUUCAAGUUGAGAAUCAGAUGAAAAAUGUAGGAAAACUGGUUCUGUGCAACCCUUUGGACCGAGAGACCACGGAAAGCUACGCGCUGGCAGUGAGGGUGUCCGAUCGAGGAACGCCGCCGCUGAACAGCUCCGCCGUUGUCACGGUUACCGUGACGGACUGCAACGACAACGCCCCCGUCUUCUCCAGCACAGGGUACCAUGCUCAAGUGAGCGAAAACAGCCACGUAGGCGCCCGACUGGUCCAGGUCAGCGCUCGGGACCCGGACCUGGGAACCAACGGCCUGUUGCGGUACGACAUUAUCUCAGGGAACGGCAAAGGUCACCUUAAGCUCAACCGCCAAUCCGGCCUCCUGGUGGUCAACCACUCGCUCGACUAUGAGGAAGACCCCAAGUACACCCUCACCAUCCGAGCGACUGACGGCGUCGAGUCGUCCGAACAACGUAAAGUGGCUUUUACAGUGGUCUUCAUCACAGUGCUGGAUGAAAACGACAACACUCCGUACUUCAUGUUUCCUACUGUUAACUGUUCUGUGCCGGAGAACCUCCCGGCGUUUACCCACACCUGUUCGGUCCACGCCGUUGACAACGACUCGGGUCCCUACGGCCAGCUCUCCUACUCCAUUGUGUCCUCCUGCUUCACGGACUACGGCAGCGGCAGCCCCGAGAAGAAGGAGGGCUUUGCCAUCGACCCCUUAACCGGCGACAUUCACACCAGGCAGACCUUUGAUUACGAACGCGAGAGUGAGUACUGCUUCGUCGUGGAGGCGCGGGACAAAGGCAACAAAGCAGCUACGGUGAGAGUGACGGUGUCCAUCAAAGGGGUGGAUGAGUUCAGUCCCGUCUUCACCCAAAAGCAGUACCAUUUCCUCCUGAGCGAAAGCACCGGGCCUGGAGAGGUAGUCGGUUACGUCAUGGCAAUGGACCAUGACGGAGGGGUGGACGGGCUGGUGGAGUACUCCCUCGUGAGGUCGUCGCCUUUUUUCUCAAUAAACAAAACGAUAGGCGCCAUUUUCGUGUCAGGUCCCGUGUACCGCAGAAGAGGCAGUCAGGCCAGCGAGGACCUGGUGGAGCUGGUGGUGUCGGCAGCUAGUCCCAGAUCGACCUCCAGGACCACCGCCUGCCUGGUUUUGAUCGAUAUCUCCAGCUCAGCAGAAGCCCUCACCGGGGUGCCUCUCGACGCGCACAUGCUGAGUUUGAGUGUCUCGCUCAUCAUGUUCCUCCUCAUGCUUCUCGUUUUUGUGGGCUCGCUUCUCAAGUACAAGAUGAAGGAAGCGGCGAUCAAAAAGGCCGCCGCGGUCGCCGCGAACCCGGACCACGAAACGGGCUCGUUCGGCAGAGCCGGUAGCCAAAGCGCAAUCUCUUUGCAGGAGAUGAAACCCCCCGGCGUCGUGGUGGCCGAGACGGACGGGUCAACCCCGUGCAGCCCGUCGGACUCGAGCGGCCGAGGAUCAGCGGAAGGGGAGACAGCUGAGGACCAGGAGAUCAAGUGGAUCAAUCAGUACCCCUGUCGUAACAGAGACGACCAGGUCGGAGAGCUCGCAGACUCUGCUCUACCUCGGGACAAUAUCUCCUGCCACUCGGCCGAUGACGUAUCGGAGCAAAUGUCCUCUGCGGAGAAACGUCUGGUCUCAGCGAUGGCCAGCACGGAGAGCCUCCAUCAUUUCAAAGAGGAGGGAGGCGGCGAAGGGCUGCUCCCUGCUAUACUCAGGGUGAGGGACUUGGAGGAGAACAUGAGGACAUACGGAUACGCUCCCCUCUCGGAAGCUCACGCUUCUGCCGAUUCUCUCUCCUCGCUGUUGUGUCUCGAGGAGCAGACGCACGGGAGCUACAGCUGGGACUACAUUUUGGACUGGGAGCCACGCUUCCAGCCCCUGGCCUCGGUUUUCACCGACCUCGGGAUGCUCCCCGACGAGGAGCUCCAAGGCGGCCGCGAGGACUUGGCGGCAGAGGCGAGCUGUCUCAUGUACCCGCCGCCGCUCAUAACGGGAGUAGCUCACCCGGGAAUUAGGACCGUACAUCCAAGAAAGCCGGGCCGCAUGCCGAGCCUGAGGAGGAAGCCCUCUUACCCCAAAUAUGCGUAUUCCCCCUUAGGCAGGAACACGGGACUUACCCCUUCAGCCAUGACGCCCACUUUCGCCCCGUCACUGUCUUCUCUCACCGUCAGGACCCCCAAUGCCUCGCCGGUGGUCUCUGACACCGGGGUGGGGGGCAUCAGACUCGACUCAGGACCACUCACUGCCAGCCUGCUAGAGGCAGAGAUCCAAGUGUAGACACAAACUUUGUUUAAGUGUAUCCAUAAUAAUAUUUCAUCUGCCAUCUUCAGUUAAUACCUAAAGGCUUUAAAAGUUUAAGAAAUAAAUUAUUGACCAGUUUUUUAUGUUUUCAGACUAAUGGUGUUAAGGGUUUAAGUCUGAAAGGGACUACGGGCAAAGUUGUGAUUUGAAGAUUAUGUAGUCUGUUAAUUACCUACUAUAAGAUUGAGGUUGAUUUUAUAACUUUUGUAAUAAACUACUUAUCUCGAAAAGCCGGAAAAUCAGUGUUGCAUUAUAUUCCUAUAAUGCAGCACUUUGAAUAACGGCAGUUGUUCGGGUUGGCAAUUUAUUAUUGAAUGUUUUAUUGUAAACAUGUUUAUAUGUGGGGAAAAUGAAACACUUUGCUGAUGCAGCUUCUAAAUGGAAACCUCAUAAGGUUGGUUUGACUUCAAUGAGCAAAGAAGGGCAAUAUGGUAUUUAAGAAGGAACUUUUGCCUCCCUGUUCUUUAAUAUAUUUUGACAAUAAAGCGCCACUGAAAUUGGUUGUUGAAAAGAACUUAUUUUAUUCCUUCAAUCUAGAACCGUUUUCAGAGAGACAGUCAGACAAAACAGGGACAAAAUGAAUGUUUUUCUACUGACAGUAAUCCACAAUGGAUUCAAUCAGCUGGAUUUCAUUGUCCUGUCUCUGGUCAGCAUGCUUCUCAUUAAUCAUUUUCUCCUUUCCAGAUUCUGGCUGUUUUUACUGUUUCUUUUGUCAUGAACAGCGGUUCCCUUUAUGAUUAUUACUUGUUACUGUGUGUAACUGUAGACUACAGACAGCCUUUUAAUAAACAGCACUUUAUGUACAAUUUCCAA